AUGGCCACCGACCCCGGCCGUCGCGUUGGCGUCGCUUCGUGGCCCGGCUCAAGCGCAGACACACAGAUAUCCAAGCAAGCUCAGGCUCCUCCAGAUGUAGCCGCUCUACUCCCUGCUGCCGACGACAGCACCGAUAUUCUCGCGCUCUGUUGGCCAAGUCAAGAGCUCCUGGAGCGUAUCUCGACCUGCGAGCAGCAGUACCAUUUGGCCAUGCGGUUCUGGAACCUCCCUCAACUGCGUCUCCCCCGAUACUGGAGCAGGCGUCAACUCUGGGACAUUCUCGAGGAGUUGACCCACAUCCUCGCCGAGCUCGACAGCGUCAAGCGCUCGAUGGACGAGGCUGUCAAGCAGAUUUCUGAUAUCCCGUUGCCGACCAAUGUCAAGCUGUUCGCGCUCGACGCGUCUGUACGCCUACCAGGCUCGUUCCCUUCCGAGCGGCCACUGUGCGACAUUCUUCUCAACGAGGAAACUGCCGCCGUGCAGCCUCGCGUGUCUGUCAACAAGUUUCUCAGUACCUACUAUGUGGCUCUGUGUGAGCUGCGUGAUUCCGUUAAUGCGUGGAAGAAGACGUUCCAAGAGAUUGCAAGCGCUGUAUAA